AUGAAGCUAUUCAUGUGGGUGAUGAUAGUAGCCAUAGCAUUUCUCCUAGUUCAUAGUUCUAGUCCCCCGAAGAGGCCACCUUCAAUGCUUUUCUACUUCCACAGCACUGUCCUCAACGAAACCCAUCCAGAUGCCAACACCGCCCAGGUAGUCGCGGCCCCGCGUUCCAAUCUCACUGUCCUGGGCUAUGGAACCAUGGUUGUUUUCGACGAUCCGCUCACUAUGGAUUACUCCCCUGACUCCACACCUGUUGGAAGAGCACAAGGAUUUUAUGUCUACGACCAACUGACAAAAGAGUCGGUCAGUGCAAUUUUUGUUUUCACGGCGCUCUUCAACCAGGAGGAUGGCUUCAACGGGACUCUAAACUUCGUGGGCGCUGAUCCUGUGUUGUCGCCGUACAGGGACAUAUCUGUUGUGGGUGGUACGGGUGACUUUGAGCUGGCAAGAGGAAUCGCGAGGCUUUCGACUCAAUCCAUUUCUGGCGUUACCUUUGUUCUCAAAGUCGUGGUCACCUUGUUCUACUUUUGACAUAUAAUAAUAUUAUUGUCACUCGAUCAGCCAUCACUCACUACUAAAGUUGAUAUCAUUAUAUUACCAUUAUUAAAUAAUUAUUCUCAACGUUUACAUAUCUCAAAUAAUUUGUGAAUUUGAAACUAUCUUUUCCCAAUGAAAUAAA